AUGCAGUACGGGCGCAAGAGCACGUCGAGCGCGGGCCACAGCGCGAGCAAGUACGGCGUCGGUGCGGGCAUCUCGAGCGCCAGCAUCCACGGCGGGAGCUCUGUCCGGGGCCGGGUGUCUGGCUCUGCCGAGUUCGAGGUCAGGACGGCGACAGUGCCGGGGCGGAAGAAGGCGUCUGGGGCGGAGGAGGGGGAGAGCACGGAGGACGGGCUGGAGGAUGAGCGCGAAUACGAAUUCAUUCGAGCGCCGUCGCCGUCGGGCGCCUCCUCGCACCAGCUCGUUCCUGUCUCGCCACCAUCAGACAAGGCGUCCCGCAUCCUCGGCAUCCGUCACUCGCCCUCCAUGGAGCCCAUCCCCGCCUCCACCCGCACAAGCGUCGCCAGCACACGCAGCGCACGCGACAGGCCGCCCUCCCCGACUCACACCCCCACCACCCCGCUCACUAGCCUCUACGUCGUCUCAGGCCUCCCCAAGGCCGCACACACAUGGACCCUGGCCGACGCGGACAGCGUCCUGGGCCUGGCACACUCGGAGGGCGCGGUGAACCGCUGGUGGCGCGCCGAGGUCCUGGGCAGCACCGUCAGCCCCGGCGCUGGUGGAGGGCGGCGGCGGAGGCGGGGAGGCAAGGGCGCCGAGGUCGUCCAGGGAGCCGGCGCGCUCAGCAAGCAGGAGACGGCCAAGCUGCUGGCAAAGACGCUCAAGCUCUCCUUCACCCGCGAGCUCGAGAUCGUCGCCAGCACCCUCCAGCCGGCGUCGACCGUCCACACGUUCUCGUUCGCCAUCCCCGCCGCACCGGCAAAUCCCGCCCUGGCCGCCUCCCAGAGCAACUCCCUGCUCAGGACGAUCGACCGCCCGACCAGCGCCCUCUACGCCCACCCGCGCCCGUCCACGGCCUAUCUCGGCCCGAACGCCCACAAGCCCUCUUCCAACGACGCGCCCUCCUCCACCGUCACAUACCACGGCGUCUGUCUCACAGUCUGGUCACACGCAGACGCAGAGCGCUCCCAGGCUAUCCGUCGUACCCUCGAGUCCAACCGCAGUCGGAAAGAGUCUACCCAGAGUCUCGUUCAGGCUCGUCUUCGCUCUCUCCGAGCAGAAGGUCACCAGGACCCUUCCCUCCAGGCCCGCCGCUCUGCCCGCAAGGCAGCUCGCGGUCCCUGGGGAGCUUCUGCCGCUCAAACGGAUGGCGAGACUGACUUUGACAACGAGACCGAUGGCGGCGUCAGCGAGUCCGACUUUGACGUCGCCAGCACCGUCCAAGGCCAUAAUCCCGGCGAGAGCACCCUCUUCCUUCCUGGUGACACCGUCUUCUGGCUGCCAUACGCUCUCACCCUCGUUUCGCGACACCCUAUCUAUGAUCUUAUGCGCGACUAUCUCACCUUAUCCUGGGCCCGCUUCUCCAAGGAUGUCCAGUCGCACACCCUCCAGAUCUCCAAGAUUCUCUCCCACCCUUCCCCGCGACCGGGCGACCUCAUCAAGCUCGACGCCAGUGCCACUCCUCCUGGCGCGAACCCCGGUCCUUCCGAUACCUCGCUUGAAGUCAUCGCUCGCUUCCCUGGCGGUCUCGACUUCGGCCGCGGCCUCGUCGACAUCAACUUUACGAUGUGGCCGCUCUUCAAAGCGUUGAACCUGGACAACAUCUUGACCAUAUGCGAGAUCGCCCUGGCUCCCACGGGUCGCGUUCUGUUCUUCUCGCGCCACCCUGCCAUGCUUGGUAUCGCGGUACUGACGAUCAAGUACCUCGUUGAGCUCCGCGGAUGGAACGGUAUCGCGCUUCAAGCCGUUCACUCUCGCGAUGCGAAGAUCUACAUCGACGACCCCGGUCCGUGGAUUAUGGGUCUCGCGACGGAAGCUCGAUAUGCCGUUCGCCCGCCACCCGAGGUUUGCGUCGUCGACAUCGACAUCAACUACCUCUCCUGUGCGUCGCCUCCGCCAGGUCUCGUCAGUCAAAAGGCCCAACGCGACAAGUAUCGCGCCCGUCUUCUUCAAGCCUUCGAGCCACACUACCACGCCGACCACGGCGUCCCUGCCGAGCUCAAAGAAGCCUUCCCCGCCGGCCGCUUCCGUCCCGUCUGCAAAAUUCAGGCCAAGCGCGGCGGGAACUCCGCGGCUGUCGCCGACGCGAUCAAGGCGCCGGAGUGGUGGAACUCGACUCGCGUCAUUCAGGCUUUCGACGCCGUACUGCAGGACCAUUUGAAGAGGCCGAGCUUGCUCAAGAGGCUCUCUGGCUUCGGUGGCGUGGGCAGGAAGACGCCGCAGAAGCUCAGUGCGGCAGAACAGACGGCACAGUUGAGCAUCCGCAAGCGUGCGACGGCCUUUGUUGAUGCUCGCGACGAGCUCGAGACGAAGAUUGGCAGGCUCUCGCGCCGUCUGAACUUCCUCGUGACCGAAUCCGAUCUUUGGCGGGACAAGUUCGUCGCGUUCGAGGGCCACGCUGAGAAGCUCGCCGCGGAAGCCGCCGAGUUGCGCUCGCGUAUCAAUCGUGAGCAGCGGGAGACGCGCAGGCUGAGCGGGCUCGUCACUAUGACUGCAGCUGAGAAACACAAGCUGCAGAGUCAACUCCGGGAGACCGAGUCUGCACACCUCUCCGCCGUUCAGGAGCUCGGCCAGAUGCGCGAGAUGAUGGAGAGCAUGGAAGAGGAACGCGCGCAGAUGGUCGCCGAGGUGGAGGCGCAGAUCGAGCGUGCGCUUGCGAGUAUGGCUAUUGGUUCGGACGCGGACGACGAUCUUGACGAUGAAGAUGCUUCAGGUAGCGAGUGGGGCGCCGGACCGAGCUCGCGCCCCGGCUCACGCUCUGGAUCCCGCGCCGGCUCUCGUUCGUCGCGUCGCCGAGGCGACAAGCAUCUUCGCUCCUUCGCCACGGAUAGCACUCUCGCGGACUCGUACGCCGGCCCUCACGGCAUCUUGGACGACGCCAGCAAAAUGCCCAGCACCGCACUUCUUGACGUACAGGAGGAAGAGGACGAGCAGCCGCUCACGCCAAGCCGCACCAAACGCUUCAGCGCAAGCGUCGCAGAGCGGCCGAAUACUACCGAGCGCUUUGGCGCUCAUGCCCGUCCCAACACUGCCAGCACGACCGCGGAGCCGGAUCGCGACGCCGCCAUCGAACAACGUACCGAUCAUAUCACACGCAAGAUGGCCCACAUCCAGAGUACACUGGAGAACGCUGCCGCCCUUGUCGGCUCUGAGGUUUCUGCGUCCUCGUCAGCGGACGAGAGUGCCGCUGGGUACGGUUCCGGGCGCUCGAGUGCCCGUCGCACGCGCAAUGCCAAGAAGCAGCCGCAGCUCGUCGUCGGCAAGCCGCCUACGCGUCGUCGUGCGGGUACCGAUAGCUCUCGCGGAACGGGCAGUGGGCGCGUUUCAAUCGAGAGCGAACGUACGGCGCUCGAGCCACCGACGCCUACGCGGCCCGUUCAGACGAUGAUCCGCGAUGAGCCUCAAGUUGAGCCACAGCCGGAGAAGCACCUGGCCCCGCUACGCCGUAUUGCGAGUGACGCCUCCGUCGGCGCGAUGAGCCCCAUCGAUCCUGCAUUCGCCGCGAACGUGCAGGCUGAAACACCCACCACUCCUGCUUUGACGCCCACGUUCACCGGUACGACGGACGAGAGCGAUACGGACUUCCAGAGCGCGUACAGUGCGAGUCCGCGCCAGAGCUAUGCGGGUCACGAAGUCGGGGAGAUCCAGGACGAAGACGAGGAGGCCGAGGGUGGAGACACGUUCCUCGCAUUGGAUAGCCCGUCUAGCGAGGCGAACUUCGCUCAUGGGCGCUUCCGUGGCGUAGAACAUGAGCGUGCGCGCGUCGGGAGCACAGCCACUAUCACGGCUCCCCACAUGAACUCGGCGCAAGCCAAGGCUAGCCCCACGCUCAGCGAACACACCGUCAAUGGUGCUUCGCUCACGCCGCCGCCGCGACCCAUUCGGCGCAUCCCAUCUGGCAACAACGUCGGACCGCCUUUCUGA